AAGCAUAAUCGGAAACCUGAUGGAGUGCUACACUUGUCCAAUGCUGGGACAUUCAUAUCCUGGCUGCCAAACAGCAGCCACUGGAUUGCGAACGAGAUUAACGGCGAUGGCGUCGGCAAAUCACCGGUCCGGCACGGAAAACAGACUGAGAAACCCUAAAAUCCUGUGCCUUCAUGGAUUCAGAACCAGCGGUCGGAUUCUCCAGGCGCUUAUAGGUAAAUGGCCGGACACAGUUCUCCGAGAUCUCGACCUCGAUUUCCUCGACGGUCCAUUUCCGGCCACCGGGAAGUCGGACGUCGAGCGAUUCUUUGACCCGCGUAUUACGAGUGGUGCAAGCUAACAAGGGUUUCACAGAAUACAGGAACUUUGAAGAGUGCUUGGAUUAUAUUGAGGACUACAUGAUAAAGAAUGGACCUUUUGAUGGGCUUCUUGGUUUUUCCCAGGGAGCUUUUCUAUCUGCGGCUAUUCCCGGAAUGCAAGAGAAGGGAACGGCUCUAACUAAGGUGCCAAAGGUCAAGUUCUUGGUGAUAAUAUCUGGAGCAAAAAUUCCAGGGUUGGUGUUUGGACAGCCUAAAGCUGCUGUAGGCGCAUUCUCAUCUCCAGUUCGUUGCCCGUCGCUCCAUUUUAUAGGCGAGAGAGAUUUUUUGAAAACAGAAGGCGAAGUUCUUGCGAAAUCAUUUGUAGAGCCAGUGGUGAUCCAUCAUACAAGCGGACACACUAUACCGAAACUCGAAACUAAAGCUGAGGAGACAGUAGUGUUGAGCUUCUUCCAGAGGAUUAGGCAAAUACUUUCUGAUGAAUCAUGUUCUGCAAGAAGCUUGAUGUGAUUGAGACCUGCUCCAAAUGGGUUUAUUUGGAUUAGAUGAUCUUGCAAUUAUAAAUUUUGUGAGAUGUGUUUGUUCUUUUUGUGUAUGUUUCUAUGGUUUAGUCAUUAGUCUUUGGUCCAUGGACAAGAUUAUUUCAGUAAACUUACUUUUCUAUUACAAAAGGGUUUUAUAUUCAUAUUUCCGUUAAAGGUUUUUAACA